GUUGCGUCUGAUUACACAAGCAGUAGAAAUCAAUGUUAUGCGAAGCUCUCUGUGAGGAUCGGAAUAUGCUGCUUUGUUAGACGCUGAGCCAAGCGUUUCGAGGCGCGCCGAGUUGGUGUAAGUCGAGUGUAGCGCGUACAAGAUGUGAAUGCAUUGGGCACGACGACUAGGCCUGAAGGGCCGAUGCGACGUUCUGUCAUGAUUCUGGCCAAAAGGCGUCGGGUGACAGUGGUGGUGCUGAUCAUGUUAAGUUCGUUGCCACUUCUGAGCUACAACUUCAUUCCUAUCAGCCACGACUACUUUUUCUCCUAUCUCCGGACUGCAGACUUCAUUAGCGUUUCGGAUGGACUGUACCCGAACCGUAGUUGGGUGCCAUUCUACUGGAGAACAGACAUCUUCAGCCGUCCAGACAAGCCCCGUAUCUUGUUCUGGACAACCGUGUUCGGCGAAUGGUACUCGGGCCUGAGCGCGAGCGGAACCGCAGAACUGCGCUAUUGGCAUCCAUUCGGUGGCUGCGCCGACCACUGCUACAUUGCCAACGACCGUCGCACCUUGCCCGUCAGUGACGCCGUUGUUUUCUACGCCUGCGACCUGAACGCCUCCGACCUCCCAAGUUACAGAGCCGAGGGUCAAAAGUGGGUGCUCUGGUCCCUCGAGGCGCCCACCACGUGUGACCCGUCGCCUCUGGUGUCAGUUGAAGACGCCUUCAACUGGACCAUGACGUAUAGGCGAGACUCCGACGUCGUCGACGCGUACGCCAAGGUGACGCAACGUAGCAAACCAACUUCCUACUCUCUGGAGCGUCUCGAGCAAACCUGGCGCAACAAAAAAGUCACGGCUGUCUGGGCUGUGAGCCACUGCAGUACUUUCGGGAAACGCGAAAACUACGUCAACGAGUUGCGCCGACACAUGUCGGUGGACGUGUACGGCAAGUGCGGCAACUUUUCGUGCUCACGUGACGUGCGCUUUGCCUGUUAUCAGAUGUUCGAACGUAAAUACUUCUUCAUCUUGUCUUUCGAGAACACUAUCUGCAGGGACUACGUCACGGAGAAGCUAUAUUUGGCCCUGCUUUACGACAUCAUUCCGGUGACGUUUGGGGGCGCUGAUUACCAGGACGUGGCACCGCCGGGCUCUUAUAUUGACGCGCUUCAAUUUAAGACCCCGAAAGAUCUCGCCGACUACCUCAGAGAAGUUUCAGAAAACUUUGUCUUGUACAAAAGCUUCUUCGAAUGGAAAGGACGGUAUAAUGUUGAGCCAUGGGUAUACUAUACGUUUUGCGAGCUGUGCACGAAGCUCUACAGUUCUAGCUUUAGUCAAAGAUCGGUGUAUCCGAGUAUAGUCCAAUGGUGGAACCAGAGUUCUCACUGCCGAGCGUGGAAUCAAGAAACAAAAGAACUUUACCGAUAGCCAGGUAACUUGAAGUGAGGUAUAGCAAAAAAUCAAAAGGUGGCACACACAUCUUGCCAUAUGGUGGCCAUUCUGUUUUUGUAUAUGUAGGUUUCAAUUUUAAUUCUAAUAAAAAUACUAGGAUGCAAAAAAUACAACUAAGAAAACGAGCACGGGCGUCAGUGCUGGUGAGCGCAGAGUGUAUAAGUGACACAUAUAGGUAGGAUUUAGCGUAUCUUUAACUAAUAUGACAGCAGGGUUAAACCAUCAAAUGAAAAUACUAGCGUUCUUUUUUUCUUUCUUACGCCCGCGUAAAGGUUUGGUAUUUGAAUGUGAUUGAAGUUUCAAAUUUUCAUUAACCUCAGCUCUAUUCUUCCGCACUCGUAGUCGACCUAUGAAUGUUUAAACUUCCCAGCUAGUGGCUUUUAGCGAAGUCGACGUCAAUAAACGACGGUCGAGGAUCAGA